UGUCUUGUGGACAUGGAAGUGUGGAUCAGGAAGGUGCAAGUAAUCACCUUGUUGUGUACAAAAUUCAGCUUUUCAUCCUCUACAAUUUGAAUACAGUAUUUGAUCGAUACCUUGGUAUACCGCAGUACCGGCUUCGGCCUCGUCUAUUAGAUACGAGAGAAAACGACGUAAAUUUUCCUGGUGAAAAGCCAUGCCGCCAAAACGGAAGAAAGCUGUCAAAAAGAUUUCCAUCGAAACAAUACCACCGAUGGAGUCGGAUAUUCUGGAGGUGGAAUCGGAUGAGCCACCGAAGCCAUUGAUAUCAUCGGUCACUGGCGAACCUUUUGGACCUCGGGUACAUCAAAUCGUCGAGAAAAAGGAAGACGAAAGCUCUGAUGACGAACCCGAGUCGGAAAGCGAUGAUGAACUCAGGCUCUUGAAGGACGACACACCGGAAGUGCCCUCAGAAUUUUGGCACAUACAAAAACUGAUCAGAUAUAUGAAAGCUGGCAAUCAAACCGCGACCAUGGUGGCUCUCUGCCUUCUAAAGGACUACGAUCUCACCAGCAGGAUCAUACAGAAAGCUAUUCAAGAAAUGGGAGGUCUGGAAAUCUUGGUGAACCUCCUCGAGACCAAAGAUCUAAAAUGCCAGAACGGUUCUCUGUCAGUUUUACUACAGAUUGCGAGUUCCGCAGACAUGCGACGGUACCUAAUCGAUCUUGGUAUUGUAACACCGUUGAUUCAAAUGUUAAAGCAUCCUGCUAGGGAUAUUCAAGUUGUAGCUGCAGAGACUAUGGCCAUCAUCGCACGAAUUAGAAAAGCGAGGAAACAAAUACGUAUUCGAGGCGGUAUACCUCUGAUCUUGGACGCAAUGGACGUGCCAGAUGCUAUUCUACGGCGAUCUUACGAUGAUUUAAGCGAAACUAAGAAGGAAUUGGUAGCAGUUGCAAUAGGUUGCGCAAAAGUUUUGGACUCUAUAAGCAGUAGCCCGAAAGUGAGGGAAGAACUUCGAAAACACGGUGUAGUAAAGCUUAUGGAACGUUUCCUGAAAUCCGAACACACCUCUUUGAUAAUACCUAUGAUGGGUGCCGUUCAACAGUGCGCGAAUAUGGAAGUGUUUCGUGAAGCGUUCGAGCAUACGGACAUCAUCUACGACGUGGUGCGGCUACUGGAAAACGAGGACAUUAAAUUGAAAGAGAAUUGUGCCUUGGCUAUAUUCAACUGCGGCCCAAAUAAAGUCGCUAGGGACAUAGUUCGGGAGGCGAACGGUCUAGACAUGUUAUGCAAGUUGGUGCAAAGCGAGGAUGUUUGCAAGAACAAGCGUUUGCUUGCCGCAGUCACAGGUGGAAUCUGGAAAUGUGCUAUGAGCCCAGAAAAUGUAGCAAGAUUCAAUCAGAACGGUUUGGUGCUGUCUCUAGUGCCUCUUUUAGAGGAGCACGAGGACGAGGAUGUGCUAGUGAACGUCGUAGGAGCUCUGGCAGAAUGUUGCAAGGAUCCUGUUAACAGAGACGUUUUAAGAGUUAACGAUGGUCUGCCAAAGUUGGUCAGAUUGCUGAGUUCCACGUACGAACCUCUAUUGGAAAACAUACCGCUGGUGAUAAAGGAGUGCGCGCAGAAUGAACAGUGCAUGGACAUCAUCAACGAUCCUGAACACAUUUUGGAUGGAGUUCGACUAGUCUGGUCGUUACUGAAACAUCCCAGCGUCAUAAUCAAGAGAAACGCUUGCCUCGCAUUGGUCCCUUGCAUCAAGCACGCCAAAGAUUCACCGGAAAUGGUGCGAGCAUUCGUGGGUGGAUUGGAGCUCACUGUCAGCCUUCUUGACAGCACGGACACCGAAGUUCUCAGCGCAGUAUGCGCUACCAUCGCCGAAAUCGCCACCGAUCCCGAAAACCUGGGUAUCCUCAGUGAUCACGGUGUGGUGGAGAAAUUGGCGAAGCUUGUGACAACGGAUAACGAGGACUUGCGUGCAAAUCUGACAUUAGCCAUAGCUUUCUGCAGCGAAUGGGGGGAGAAUAAUUACAAAUUUGGCGAACUAAACGCAGUCGCACCACUUGUUAAUUAUAUGACCAGCAAAAAUAAAAAUGUCCUUAGAGGAGUGUGCAUAGCAGCGUAUCAUUUAAGUAAAGAGCCCACGAAUUGCAUUACUAUGCAUACUUCUGGCGUAAUAAAGCAUGUACUACGUUUGGUUGGAUCGGACGAUUUGGAAGUGCAAAUCGCCGCUGCAUCCACGAUUCGAAAUAUUAGAAACCUUGCGCUGACGGCGGAAAAGUUGCACUUUAAAGAAAUAAAUACGCUGGAAGAAACGGAUUUUCUUUUGUAACAUAGCGACCUUCCGAAUGCCGUAACAAGAAAUAAGUGGUCAAUUGAAAAAUGUGUAAUAGAGAUACCUUUAUUUGGAUAAUAUAAUAAGACUCUUGUUUGGAUUUGCAAAACCUUGUAUAUUUAAGUAUAAUUACAUUGUUGCAAUUACAUCGCAUAACGUUUAGUAAAAUAAAUCAUUGAAGAACAUGAUCCCUUUUCAUCAUUAGUUUUAACAUUAUUACAAAAAACAUUUGUAGCAUUUAACUUGCAUGUAACAAGAAUUUAAUUUCCUAGAUACUAACAGUGAUGUACAAUUUGUAUGCAAUUUAUGUAUAAAAUAUACAUCAUACGUUAUAUAUAAAUAUGGCUAAUCGAUCCAUUCCUCUAUAUAAAAUACAGGGUGAUUAAAAAGGUAGCGAACAUAUUGAAAAAUGUGUUAUUCUUCAGAACCAAUUUGUAGAAGGUCACUCUCAGUCUACGUAAUUUAAAACAUUCAGAAAAUAACUUAAGUCACACAGUUCUAAAAGCGUUCAAUACUUUUUAAAUCUCCCUGUAUAUUAGUUCACAAAGAAAUCAACUGCUAAUGGAUUCAAAUUAAAAUAUAUAUAAUUGGAAUGGCACACAAACACAUGUUUUGUAACGUACAAAAUUCCUCGAAACGAAAUAAUGAAGGACGGCUGUCUGCCGUCAGGUGCCGUCCUGUAAUAGGUAGAAUGAUUCUAAUCGGCCACGAAGAGUGACUGUCCCACGAAUUUUUUAGCAGAAAGAGACACGAAAUUUCGAAAAUAGAAGGACGGUCUCAAGAGAGUUAAUUAGAUCACCGUUGAGAAUAUCAAAAGGAAAAUUACAAUUUGGCAUUGCCGUAAAAUACUAGCCAGAGAGUAUAGAGAACUGAGAUAAGCGCUUCGCAUUAUCUUCUCUUUUUUUUUGUUUAUAAGAAUUUUAUUAACAUUUUAUAAAACUGAUUCCCUCUGAGUGGAUCUUAUAGAACCCCUUUUGAGCUAGAUCGGACCCCCUCAUGGAAAGCCUGAAACCGUAAGGACCGGCACCCCUCCUGUGUUUUCUUAGAUUUUUCUUUCUUUUUAUUUUUGAUUGAUUUGCGCCCGCGAGUGUGGCAAUUUGUACCGCGGCUGCGUGCAGGACCACGUGCGCAAUAAGAAAAAGU